UGGGCGAAACCCAAGACAAGGCUUGUUGUCCCAGUGCCUAGCACUCUUCUCAAUCUUCAAAUUUGUUUCCAAAUUUCGAGCUUUUGUCACUUCCCUCUUCAUCUUCAAACUGGUAGUUUCAUCACAUUUAUUGCCUGAAAAGCAUUGCAAGUUCGAAGGAUGGCCCCCACUACUAUCAAUCCGACGACCAUUGUCGCCGUCGACAUGGGCACAACUUUUACCAGCAUUGCCUGGGCCAGUAGUUCCAAACCGGAUGAAGUUACGAUCCUCCGAGAGUGGCCUACAGCCGACCUUUCAAACAAGCCCGGUGAGAAGCACCCUGAAGGGAAAGUCGAUGGUAUCAGGCAUUACCAGAGAGUCCCGACCAAAUUGUCCAAGACGGGCAAAUGGGGCUUCGAUGUCUCUGAUGAUACCCCCGCAGACCAGGUGAUGGAGUGGUUCAAGCUCGGUCUUUAUCCUUGGGCAAGGAGGCUUACGCCUCGACAGCUUGAAUUCAUCAAUGCCGGUCCAAGUCCAGAGUCGUUGGUCACCAAGUUUCUGACAUCGCUCCUGGGGUAUGCCAAGACAAAGAUGAACUUCAAGUCUUUGCCCACUGACUUCGAGUACGUGGCCACUGUCCCAGCCAACUGGACCAAUGACUCCAAGGAGAAGACCAGGACAGCUUUCCAUACGGCCUUGAGGGCGGCGGGUAUGCCGAGCGGGACCAUCCAUCUCCUCUCGGAGCCCGAGGCUGCUGCUAUCUAUGCCAUCAAUGAGAAGGCUGAGCGCACUGCUGAUACAGACACCAAGCUCGAGGUUGGCGAUACGUUCGUGAUUAUUGAUGCGGGAGGCGGCACUGUGGACCUGGUCAUUUACACCAUCACCAACCUCAACCCCCUGAAGGUCAAGGAGGUUGGUCUCCGCGAUGGCGAUCUUGCCGGCUCCGCCCAGCUCAACAUGAGAUUCAGAGAGUACCUCCAUAAUAGAUUCUGGUGUGUUCCAGGGUACGCACUACUUUCGCGUAACAUGCGUGAGAGACAUAUAUCCCCCGCAAUGGCCAAGUUUGAGUUUGAGGCAAGUACCAAGCGCUGUUUCACCAAGUCCUCAGGGACCCACGAGUUCCCCCUCAACCUCAUCCUCAACAACAAACAAGCCGGCGUUUACAAUGACAAGAUAAAGGUCAGCUCGGACCACCUCGAAGACAUCUUCAGGCCUACCGUCGGCAUCAUUGUCAAAAAGGUGAAUGAGCAACAGGACGCGUGCCCGACGAAGCCUAUCAAAGCCUUCAUCCUAGUAGGAGGCUUCGCCGGUUCUCCUUACCUCCGCGGCGAGAUCAAGCAAGCGUACAUAUGGAGGAAGGACAGCCAGAUGCGGACCGAAGUCCCCCUCAUCACACCCCCGGAGCCCGACCUGGCUGUCACCCGCGGCGCCAUCAUGAAGGGCCUCUCGCUCGUCGGCGACGGUUCCCUGACCAAAGUCCAUGUCGUCAGUCGUUAG